AUGUAUCGAGGAGGAGAUGGACCCGAGGAUUCAAGUCCCUCUGAGUCAAGACCUUCGACGCCCUGGUACUCCCCAUCCUCGUCGACUUCCGCCCACUCCACCACUGCCGCCCCCGACACCACUGCCGAGUUCUACGAGGAACGACUCAACGCACUACGCGACGCCGCCUUCACCGAGCUCCAGAACCUCCUCACUGAGGAGCAAGAGCGCGCUGAACGACUCGUACCCCCAGUUCCCGAGCCGCCCGCCGUGUUCUUCGCAAUGCUCGACUCUGGAGGAAGCGAUGGGUCGCCUGACGCUGGAACCACCACCCUUGCCGGAGAGGACAGUGACCUGGCGAUGCGUGACGAGGCCGAACUCCUUGUACCCGACCUGGGUCUUGGAGACGUACUUCUACCACCCGCCGUCUUCAACUACGACAACGACGGGUACGCCGCCCAUCUCGCGCUUGCAGAGCUCCGCCGCGUCCUGGAUGGAGGAGCAGGCGGCGAGCGUGAGUAUCGACGACCCUCAAGUUACAGCACCCCGCCCACCGAAUCAACCGUCGUCGACGCCGCUAGCGCCAGCAGCCCACGUCGAGGAGCUUCCGACCAUAGCGAUGUCGUCCCCGAGACUCCCGGCUGCUGGGAGCGCGAAGAUGGAUCGCCCGCGUCCGUUGCCUCUGACGCCGGGGGAGCAGUAGCUCCGCCGAGGUCGCCUUCACUUGAAUACCCGUCGCCGCCGCCUGUUACUCCUUCGCGCAAGACUAUACCCGCCUACGCCGCCGCGCCCGGAUCGUUUCGUAACCCCAUCCUCGUCGACAGCGAGCAGGACUCGCCCGAGUCUGACGACGACUACACCGAUCGGGAGCGCCGGCUCCACGAGCUGCGCGCGUGGGUCGAGGAGACGAUCCACGGGUACGUGACGGAUGCAUGCGACGAGGUGCAGGUGCGCCUGCGGGAGGAGCUCUUUGGUACGCCGGCUUGA